AUGGCGGGUCGUGGAGCACCGGCACGACCCAACAGCCCGGCGGCAGGCAACAAGAUCUGCCAGUUCAAGCUGGUGCUGCUGGGAGAAUCGGCGGUGGGCAAGUCCAGCCUGGUGCUGCGGUUUGUCAAGGGACAGUUUCAGGAGUACCAAGAGAGCACCAUCGGAGGUGAGUUAUUCAGUCUUUUUGAAAAACAUUGUUUGUGCAGGUGGUUGGUUGUGACCCACUGCAGGUUUCCCUAUUCCAUCAAGUGGUCUUUUUAUAUCUGUGAUAGUUGGCUUUACUAGCUCUCAUUGCUAGAAUGGCAUCACCAUAUCAUGGCUGUUAAAAUCAAAGCAUGUUAACAAUGGAGGUUGAUUUCUUUCUAUGGGGAUUACCGGUAGUUGUUUUUAAUACAAGUGGAAAGAGGGGUCACUGAAAGGCAUUGCAUGUUGGUGUGGCUUUUGUAGUCAACACAAGGUAUGCCCCUAGCAAGUCAAUGUAGCGUAUGAUGCUACAGCGCUGGGGAUUUCAUUAACGUCUCAAUAAAUGAAAUACUGUAGAACAGAGUCUCUGCCUAUUAUUAGCCUAUUGUACAAUAGUGAGCUCCAGUCAACAGAGUACAAUAGAGGGCACAGGAAAUGACCCGCAAUGGAAGAAGUGUUAAAGGAUUCAAAGGGUGCCAUGUCUCAUGGGACCUCUUUACCGCUGGAGAAAUGGGCUGUCAUGACUCUCCUGGGUGAGGAUCAAAGGCCUCAGAUCAGCUUAAAUAACAGUCAUCAUAUUAAUGAAAGUCACGUCACGACAGGGCUCUGUUCAAAAAAAUGCUUUCUCCUUCCCUCCUAGUGGUAAUCACUGAUUUUAAUAGCUUUCACCGACCCAGUCAUGUCAGUGAUUAGGCUCAAUAAAUGGAGGUAGGAAGGAAAGACGUCAAUGAAUUGGAAUGAGGCCAUGGACUCUGUGCUGUCAUGUGAUUGUGGACUUCUCAGAGAGCCCAGGUAAAUGUUUGCAGCCUACAGACAUGGGAUUAGCAUUUUCUCCAUGGCUCUGAUCCUUAGAAGCAGCAGUGCUGUGCUCGUUAGGAAGUUAAACCUACAACCUGUUUGGAAGGCCUCCGUUAAAAAGCACAAAUGAAAUGAGACCCAAACUUUAAUUUUUCUCAAAUCGCCUUGCAUAACAUUAUGAGCAUAUUAGAAAGUACCUUUUAUUGUUGGUAGUAUCCAUUUUUGGUUCCACCUCUUAGUCUCUAUGUAGACUAUCAAUGCAAGUCACUUUGAUACUGUUCUAACGUCUGUGCCAUUUUUAACGGUUGUGUACGAGCGUGUGUGUAGUCAGUUGGUAGGCCUCUGCCUAGAGCAAAUUGAGGAACUGCAACUUUGAAAGCUUUGUCUCUACACUGGAUAGGUUCUCAAGUGACAGAAAUGGCUAAACAGAUGUUGACAUUAAAUGGAGUGGGAGAGAUUGACCUGUGAACGCUGCAUUGAGGCACACUCAAUGGGGUGCAAUGUAAUUGCCCCUCUGUUAAUAAUGUCAGCUCUAUAUAAGACAUUUCCAAACGUUCAUGAAUACAGCCCUGUUUCCUCCACUGACAUAUCCUCUACCUCUUCUUUUUUUUCCCUCCCUUCCUCCAUCUUGCUCUUUUCCAGCUGCCUUCCUCACACAGACUGUCUGCCUGGAUGACACAACGGUCAAGUUUGAGAUUUGGGACACAGCAGGCCAGGAGCGAUACCACAGUCUGGCGCCCAUGUACUACAGGGGAGCCCAAGCGGCCAUUGUGGUCUACGACAUCACCAACACAGUGCGUAAAGGCUCUUUAUCUACCACUGUGUAGGCGGGCCGCCCAAUUGAAUUGAAAGACCAGUGAAACCAAUAGUUUUGAUCCUUCAAGAAUAUCACUUCUCAAUGCCUUAUGAGCUUAUUUCAGCUCUCUUACCCUAGCAUAACCUUAAUGUAAAUUAUACAUUCUGUGCCUUUGCGUGUUUCACCAGGACACUUUUACGCGAGCAAAGAACUGGGUGAAGGAGCUGCAGAGACAAGCCAGCCCCAACAUCGUCAUCGCUCUGGCCGGGAACAAGGCCGACAUCGCCAACAAAAGAGCCGUCGAACUCCAG